AUGGUCGCUGUUCCCCGUGGAAGCUGCUUAAAGCUUUUGGCCGCUACAAUCGUUUCGCUCACAGCACUCCUCGUCCUGCAUCAACUCAGCUACACAAACACGAACGACUUCAGUCUCCCAAGCCAGCCGAUCGAAGUUCUAGACCAAUGCCCUCCAUCGACACUUUCGAGUAUCGAUGACAGCCAACUCGACGAAACGAUUCCAAACACAAUUCACCAAAUAUGGAAGACCACAGACGUUAGCACAUAUCCAGCAAGAGCUUCCCGUGAGUCUUGGAAGUCCAUGUUCGAACCAAGGGGCUAUCAAGUCAAAAUUUGGACCGACGACGACAUCCUUUCCCUCAUCAAGUCGAACUACUCAUGGCUGUUACCGACAUACGAAACCUACGAUCACAGUAUCCAGCGAGCAGAUCUGGCACGUCUGGUCGUGAUACAUGCGGAGGGAGGAAUCUAUGCUGAUCUGGACGUCCACCCUCGAUCCGUCGAAGCAACAAUGUGUCUCCAACAUCUUGGUCUACAAGCUGUAUUCGCGCCCACUGGAGGCGCUGCAGGCUUGAGCAAUCACUUCUUCAUGGCGGAGAAGGGGUCUGACUUCUUAAUGUGGUCUCUGCAAGAGGCCAAGCGACGCGGCGGCUCGACUUCGAAGAGAAUACUUCUCCCGUACUUGAGGGUUUUCUGGUCUACGGGGCCGUUGAUGUUGACUGCGGCAUAUCCGAGCGCCAUGUCAGGACCGUGGUCGGACAUGCUGCGGGUCGAUCAUGGCACGGGUCAGAUGGGCAAGUCUUGA